UGUAAACAAAGAAGAGGCGAGCAAGAGGCCGGUGUGAGAAAGCAGGCUUAUUACAAAAUGGAGAAUGAAAACCCCAUAAAGACACCUGUCGAGGAGACAGAAGGUGGCUGGUUGCAUCAGUUGGUUGUGUACGCUGCCAGGAACCCUUGGGAGUUUUGUUGGUACCUCCUACUUGCUCUUUCUCCGCUCUUCUGUAUAUCAGCGGUCCUCUCAUGGAAACUGGCAAAGGCACUGGAAGCACAGGAGAAGGAAAAGAGCCGAAAGGACAAGAAAAAAGCCAACUUGAUGAAAGUUAAACGAGGGAAAGCUAACUGAUGUUUAGCCAGUCAGUGGAUCUGCCAUUGCAUUGCCCAUUGUCACUCACAAAGCUCCUUCCAGCUGUGAUCUGUCGGCCAAGUAUUUUGUGGCUUAUGUAGAAUAUUGUGGUACCCCUUGAGAGUGCCCUUCAGAGCUGUAUCUGAUAUCUCACGCUUGGGAAAAUUGGUAGAAGUGACACACAUCAGCCUUUCAUUCAUCAUAUCCCCUCCUCCUCCUACUCCCCUCCUUUUACAUUUCUGAACCCCAGCCUUCCCUCUACUGUUAUGCUGCAAAUCCCAACCAACAUGUUUUAUAUCUUGGGCUUUCGACACAGAUGCAUCUGCCACAAAAAAGGCCUCAUAUUGUGUCUGGAAGUGUCUCCUUUUUAUAAAUAACUUUGUAUGGUUUAUGAGGGUGAUGAGUUUUGGUUGAGACUAUGUGGGACUUGAUUUUAAAAACUGAUUAAGUAAAAGUAAGUAGAUAAACAAUAAUAAUAACAACAAUAAAAAGACCUUCAUCAUUUCAAGUUGAAGAUGCAUUGUGCCGAUCAAUACCUAUUAGUAAAUUCCAUGUAGUUUAUUCUUUAAUGAAUUGCCAUCUGUAAAUUGAUAUUUCCUAAAGUUAUAUCGUAAUGAGAAUGACUGUCAAAUGGUUAGUUUUAAGUCAAGUAUGUUGUUAUGUUGGAAUCAAUGUGGAUGUUGUGAAAGACAAUGUGCUGCUUUUCUUGGUAUGAUGUAUAUUGAUUAUUUGAUUGAUGUUAUUUCAUGAUGUUCGUUACUGUAGGUUAGAAGCAGUGAUUUCAUAAAAUUGUGUUAUUAUAUGCAGACAUGAUUAGUUGAGUUUGAUGUGGUACAAGUAUUAGUAAUUGUAAUGCAGAUAUUACUUUGUUAUGUGUGCUUUUAGAAUAUAAAAAAAGUUAAUUGUUAGUUGUCCAUGCUUCUCUUUUAUUUUACACAAAAAUUCAUCUGCAUUUUGUAUACCUUUAUUUUAUUAUAUAAUUAUGUUACUUUUACAAUGAGAGCACAAAAAAGUUUUAAGUAUUAAUGUAAAUUAUUUUUAUGAACUCUCAGCUAUGGUUUGUAUUUAAUGUCAAUAUGGCUGUAGUGUUAUAAUAGUCUUUAUGAGAAUGUGAAAAUUUGGUGUAAAGUGUAUUUUAUCUAUUUUUCACUGUUUAUCAUUUGAUGUUUUUUUUUUUCCAUUUAAACUCCUGAAAAUACAAAAUGUGAAGUGUUUAAUUUAGUCUCUUUGGUAGGCUUAUGCUGUUUAUCUGUUUUCUUUAAUAGCAUUUCCACUAGUGUUAUUUGAUUUCAGGCAGACAAUAUUUCACUGGAUGCAUUUAUAUUAUUGAAAUGUGCAAUUUCUUGAAGGAUUUUCUGGGUUGAUUCCUUUCAUUGUUACAGAAAGAGAUACAAGUGAUGAUUGGUGCCAGACACAGCUAAAAAAAAUUGGUUCUUGCUUUAUAAAAUUGUCAACGCUCUAUGUCUGAUUUGUGCUGUGCUGUCAUUUGUACCUAUUCUGCUUUACUGUACACAGGCUACUCAGUGGACAUCCAUUCUGAGUGUUCAGGUAUUUUUGAACAGUUUAUAGUGAUUAUGUAAGUAGGAUGUAUGCUUAAACCUGUGGUGGAUGUUAUGGCCUUCAGUUUCAUUGCAUCUCUGAAGUUUUUACAAUACUUUACUAUAGUGCUAUAUGACCUUUAAUGUCUAGCACAGUUAUUUGUUUAAUCCAUUAAGCAUUACCCACUGAAGUAUUUUAAAUUGUUGUAAUGGAUAAAUUCUUUUGGAAGUAGAAAAAUCCCAAAAUAGAGGAUUAUAUACCAUGAUUUAAAGUUAGAUGUUCAUAAUGAUAAUGGUGCACUAUAGAGUUAAAGCUUUCUCUUUAAUGCAUUUGCUUGAGCUUAUGUUAUGUACCUUUCUGUCAUGUCAUUCCAGUGCCCAUAAGUAUUCACUCUCUGCUGUGGAACUUGUUUUAUUUUUGCUGAAGUAACAUUUAUAAGCAUAUAGAAUAUGUGAGGGUCCUUCUCAUCAUGUCAGACAGUAUGGAAAGUUGCUUGGUAUAAGCUUUUGACAUGGUAUUAUCAUCAGCUGUACUUGGUUGUUUUGAUGUAUCUGUACAUUAAAUGUGUUGAUGUUGGUCUGCAACUUCUUGCCAUUUCAUACUCUUGUAUUCCAUUCCACCUAUGAGAUGUUCCAAGAAUAUCUUCUGUGGUCAGCAGUAGCUUCCUUUCCUAGCCUAUCAAUGAAGGGAAAGUCUCGUCGAAUUUGUCAUUCCCUUUUGUGAUUUGAGUGUAAGAGAUGGAAAGAAUGAGACUGUAGUGAAACUGAGAAUAUAACUGGCAGAGAAAAAGGGAAUAACCGAUUGAGCAGGAGAGCAGGAGGCUGGCAAGACAAGUGGAUGGUUAGGAGUACGAGAGUGAGACAGAAGUGGAGGUAUAGAGUGAAUGAGAAAGAGUGAGUGUAUGUGAAAGCAUGAGUUUAUAAAAGUGCAAGGAAUACUGACUGAGAUUGUGGUCAAUUAAAUUUUUGAUAGAGGCUAACGAUAUAUAUAUAUAUAUAAUAGCCAUACAGGUUUGAUAGAGAUACUGGAUAAUAUAGUUGUUAAACUUGUCAUUCCAAAAUACUGUUUGCUUUUUUUCACAUAUUUUUAAACCUCUGUGCUGAUUUAAAUAUACUGCAGAGAAAAAGACUUCAGUGAACAGUACAAUGAUUAUGCAAUAAAAAGAUGAGAAAA